CAGACUCAGUGUGCCAUCUCGCGACAUUUUAGGUGUUCGACGCCUUGCCUCACAAUAUUAAAACGCGAACCGAGUAUUGCAUCGACAACGUUACUUUUCGGAUUUUUUGUGUGUUUGUGACACAUUCAAUUGCGAGCAUACGUGGUGUUUAAAUCUCCCAAACUAGCUACGGCACGCAGUUUGUAAUGUAGCUACAACAUUCGGUCCUGUUGUAAAGACAUUAGCAGCUAGCUGCGGCUAACGUUAGCCGUCCAUAUCGCAUGAUAGCUUCAUCAACUUUGGUUUAGCCGCGCAAUUGGAACUAGCUGAAUUCGUGACGCCAGAAAGGCUUCUUAGAAUGCUGGCUACGGGAGCGGCUGUAACAAACGUCACAGCCUUGGCUCAGGUAGACCGAGAGAAGAUUUACCAAUGGAUCAAUGAGUUGUCCAGUCCUGAGACCAGAGAGAAUGCCUUGCUUGAGCUCAGCAAAAAACGUGAAUCUGUGCCCGACCUGGCACCCAUGCUCUGGCACUCGUGUGGCACCAUUGCUGCCCUGUUGCAGGAAAUAGUGAACAUCUAUCCCUCUAUAAACCCACCAACGCUUACAGCUCACCAGUCCAAUAGAGUGUGCAAUGCCUUGGCACUUCUGCAGUGUGUUGCAUCACAUCCAGAAACAAGGUCGGCCUUUCUUGCAGCUCACAUCCCACUUUUCCUUUAUCCUUUUCUCCACACUGUGAGCAAAACACGCCCAUUUGAGUACCUGCGACUUACAAGCCUUGGAGUCAUCGGUGCGCUGGUGAAAACAGAUGAGCAAGAAGUGAUUAACUUCCUCCUCACGACUGAAAUCAUCCCAUUGUGUCUCCGUAUUAUGGAAUCAGGGAGUGAACUCUCCAAGACGGUUGCGACUUUCAUAUUGCAGAAGAUCCUUUUGGAUGAUACAGGGCUGGCCUACAUUUGUCAGACAUAUGAGCGCUUCUCCCAUGUGGCCAUGAUCCUUGGCAAAAUGGUAUUGCAGUUGUCGAAAGAGCCAUCGGCACGUCUGCUGAAGCAUGUUGUUCGAUGCUACCUUCGUCUCUCGGAUAAUCUCAGAGCUAGAGAAGCCCUGCGACAGUGCCUGCCAGACCAGCUGAAAGACAGCACCUUCGCCCAGGUGCUGAAGGACGACACCACCACCAAGCGUUGGCUGGCACAGUUGGUCAAGAACCUGCAGGAAGGUCAGGUCACUGAUUCCCGGGGCAUCCCAUUGGCCCCGCAGUGAUUUCAGUGCGGCCUUGAUAAGUUUCUAUUUCGCCAACAUCAAUGCAGUGCUGAGAUUUACUGUGUAGUGAAGGGCUCAAUAAUAAUUGCUGGAUUUGCUUUUUUGGGAUAGUUUCUGUUAUUUUGAUCAAAUGUGCUGCCUUUGCAAUAGUUCACAUUCACAAUAUUUAAAGUCAACAUCAAUAAAAAUGAAAUUCUCCAUACACCUUUAAACCCCACAGAAAACUGUAAAUAGCCGAUGUUUAUGUAAAUAGAAUUCUUUGCAAUUGACAUUUGGGUAGAUGUUGACACAUCAAUGACUGCCAGCUGUUUCACAAUUUUGGUUGUCUGUAUGUUUUACAUAUUUUUGCAGUUUUCAAUAUGUAAAAGAUGUGAUAAUUUCAGAUGAUCACCAUUUUCUACACGCAUUGUGUGUAGUGCAUAUUCCAUCAAAUAAAAGAAAUAUGUCCUAUUACAAAGGUUUCUAGACUGGGCGGUACAGUAAGGCUGCCAAAGUGAUGACUUUAUUCAUUUUGAAUAAAUUUGUGUUCAAACAUUA